UUUGGGAGAAGGGCUUUAUCAUCUUCUGGGAGUUUUGUGUGUUUGUUGUUGAGACAGAGUCUCACUAUGUAGACCAGGCUAGCCUCAAACUCAUAGAGAUUGACGUGCUUCUGCCUCCCAAGUGCUGGAAAUAAAGACACAUGCCACAAUACCCUACCCGCUUUCACUGUUUUAACACCAGCAAUCCGGCAUCAAAGAACUUUUCUUUCUCCUUCUCAUCCACCUCACAUUCCCUCCUCUUCAUGAUGGAAAUCUCCCCCUUAGCCAAGAAGAGUCUGCUUUGAGUACCCAGUCCCAUCAGAUUCUCCUGAUAAAAUAGGCAGGCCAGGACAGGGAAUAGGGAGGAAAAGAUGAAGGCAGAUUAGUGCUGGCCUGCCUUCUGUUCCUACCCACUCAGACUCUUCUGUCAGAAUAUGUAUGUAUGUAGUAUGAUAUAGUACAGAGGCAUGACUUGGAAAUGCAAAUUAUUGCAGUGGGACUUUUGGGUAUAACUGGAACUAUAUGAUUUUGUCUAUCAUUAUACAGUCAUGGGUGUGACUUCAGGAGGUUACGUGACCAACGUAUGACUUAUGAAUGUGUGGCUAUGAGUAUGAGUGUAAAUGCCUAUUAGUAGAUGCCCCAGUGGAUCGUGGCUGUCCUAAACUGCUGUAAUAUCAGCCCCUACAUCAUUCCCUACCUCUCUUUAGUGUUCUCUGUUCACGGCUUAGGAGCCCAUGGGAAAUGGCAGUCCUGGGAAGGGGAAGGGAUGGGGUCAGUGGUAGCAGGCCAAGAGUUAGAGCUUAGUAUCACAAGAUAAGCAAGGUAUUUGCCACCUGUGCCUGACUCACCUAAUGCCCAAGGCAAAAUGCAACUAGAUAAAAGGUAGGGAGAGGAGGAGAAAGAAGUGUCUAGGCUGAGCGGCAUGGAGGGGCUCUCACCCACCAGCAGCCUCCUGUUGAUAUUGUUGCUUCUGAGCCCAGACCCUGGAGCAGCCUUGCCACUGCCUUCCAGCACUACCUGCUGUACCCAGCUCUAUAGACAACCACUCCCAAACAAGCUACUGAGGAAGAUCACCCAUGUGCAAAUGCAGGAGGCUGAUGGGGACUGUCACCUUCAGGCUAUUGUGCUUCACCUGGCUCAGCGAAGUGUUUGUGUUCAUCCUCAGAACCGCAGCCUGGCUCGGUGGUUUGAGCGCCAUAGGAAAAGGCUCCAGGAGACUAUAUCCAACUUAAAUCUGGAACUACAAAUGAAAAUGUACUCGAGCCCCCAACAACAAAACUAAUAAAAUAACAUUAGACAAUAA